AUGCGUCGCAGUGCAAUCACUGAGCUUAACAACAACAGUGGAUGCUCCGCGGUCUACGUUGCAUCUUUCAAGCAGCAAUUCAACGCUUCUCAGCAGAGCAGUUCACGCUUGAGCCUCAUGACUUCUCGAUACUCAAGGCUUCUGUCGAUAAGGCGGUCUUUGAGAAACGAAUGCGCGGUGCUUUGCCACAAUCGACCGCAUGAUCUUGAGGAGAUCACACAACAGACAUUCACGACUCUUAUGAUCGCAUUUGGCGACGUCAAUGCGGAACAUAUUGCAGCAUUAACAGCGCUACAAGCCGCUCAGACCAUCGCUCCACUCACAGGCAGCACACUACCACCACCGCAUGGAAAACCCAGCGAUACGCUCGUUUCAGUACGAGAGCGUGCAGAGAGUUGGAGACACAAUAUAUCUGAAGUGGCAGGUCGAUAUGGUGGGAAAGGGCAACGAGUACAGCAUUGUAUGCAGCUAUGUGACCAAAUUGCACGGCAAGCAUCAUCGGCGACACAAGAGAUUCUCGAGAUGCUGUUUGCAGACGAUUCCCAAUGCAAAGGUCCUGCAGCCGUCUCGCAUAGUGCAAAGCAGCGCAAUAGUGCCAUGGCCUUUUACGGUUACAAAGGCAAAGUCAUUGCUGCUUACUGUGGUAUGAUGCUAGACACCUCGCCCUCGAGUGUUAAGGUAAAGCGGCCGAGCCCUGAACAAGUAGAACAUUGGUCGAUAGGGCCACGUUUGGAUGCGUUGUCCCUGGAUCUUGUUGGUUGA